GGACCCGCGGUCAGUCUGCAGCUGCUGGAGGCCAUGGGGCGCUUCGCCACUGCAUUGGUGGGCUCGCUGUUCUGGCUGGGGCUGCUGCUAUGUGGUCUGGGCAGUCUGGCGAGCGCCGAGCCCCGGGCCCCGCCGAACAGGAUCGCAAUAGUCGGUGCUGGAAUCGGUGGUACUUCCUCGGCCUAUUAUCUGAGGAAAAAAUUUGGGAAGGACGUGAAGAUUGACGUUUUUGAGAGAGAAGAGGUCGGGGGCCGUUUGGCCACUUUGAAGGUGCAAGGUCAUGACUACGAGGCAGGGGGUUCAGUCAUUCACCCCCUAAAUUUGCACAUGAAGCGAUUUGUCAAAGAGCUGGGUCUCUCCAGUGUUCCUGCUUCGGGUGGCCUGGUGGGAGUGUACAAUGGAAAGUCUCUGGUGUUUGAGGAGAGCAGCUGGUUUGUAAUCAACGUGAUUAAGCUGGUGUGGCGCUAUGGGUUUCAGUCCCUCAGAAUGCACAUGUGGGUAGAAGACUUGCUGGACAAGUUCAUGAGGAUCUACCGUUACCAGUCCCAUGACUAUGCCUUUAGCAGUGUAGAAAAGUUGAUGCACGCCAUCGGAGGGGAUGACUACGUCAGACUGCUUAACCAAACUCUCCGUGAAAACCUGAAGAAAGCAGGCUUCUCCGAGACGUUUCUCAACGAGAUGAUUGCUCCUGUCAUGAAGGUCAAUUAUGGCCAAAGCACAGACAUCAACGCCUUUGUGGGGGCGGUGUCAUUGACAGCUGCCGAUUCCAACCUCUGGGCAGUGGAAGGUGGUAAUAAAAUUGUUUGUUCGGGGCUCCUUCAGGCCUCUAGCAGCAAUCUUAUAUCUGGCUCUGUAAUGUCAAUAGAGGAGAAGACAAGGACCAAACAGACAGGAAACCCCACUAAGAUGUAUGAAGUGGUAUAUAAAACAGGAUCUGAGACCCAUUCUGACUUCUACGACAUUGUGCUUGUGGCUGCUCCUUUGAACCGGAAGAUGUCCAACAUAACUUUCCGAAAUUUUGAUCCGCCCAUUGAGGAAUUCAAUGACCCAUAUCAACAGCUGGUGACAACUUUCAUCAAAGGGGAGCUCAACUCCACUCUCUUCAGCUCCAGACCCAAGGAUCAGUUUGGCCUCUCUGCAAUUCUUGUCACUGAUGACUCCGAUAUGUUUAUUAACAGCCUGUCCAUUGUGGCCUCUGUAAGACAGAAGGAGGGUCCCCCACCCGCGGUGGAUGGCAUGCAUGUGUGGAAGACCUUCUCCAGGGACAUCCUCACCAAAGAACAAAUUUCAAAGCUCUUCCUGUCCUAUGAUUAUGCUGUGCGGAAGCCGUGGCUGUCCUAUCCUCACUAUGAGCCUCCUCAGAAGUGUCCCUCCAUCAUCCUCCACGACCGGCUCUAUUACCUCAAUGGCAUCGAGUUUGCCGCCAGCUGCAUGGAGAUGAGCGCCAUUGCCGGCUACAACGCCGCUCUCCUCGCCUACCACCGCUGGAAUGGCAAUGAGGACAUGAUUGAUCAGGACGACCUGUAUGAAAGGCUUAAGACGGAGCUGUAACUGAGCACCGCCCCUCCCCGGAGCGUCCUGCUCUCGAAGGGCCGAGUCAGCAGAGAGGAUUUUGAACCUUUCCCAGCACUCCUCAUGUGGGUCAUGAGAAAACACAGUGUUCCUCGGAGAACUCGUUCUUCAGUCAGAAUGUCUUCACUCUUUGGUUUUGGGGGCGGCGCAGGAGGAUUGAACCUGGGGCCCCAUGCAUGCUGGGCAAGCGCUCUCCUCCUGAGCUGAGCUACAUCCCUAGCCCUCCUUU